UUAGUGUGUGCGCUGGCCGGGCGGGGGGGAGGAGGGGAAUCUCCCGCCAUUUUUCAAUAAUUUCCUCCGGUGCAGCUGAGGACGCGUCGUGACUGCUGAACGCUGGGACCCGUAGCGAAGGUUGGCCGGAGGCUUCGGGGCGGUGCGGCAGUGUGCGUGGGAGUUCUGUGCCUUUGCGUCCCGUUCCAUGGCCCUCGCGCGGCGGCGCUGGCCCUGAAGGAGCCGAGUUCGCGCCGCCCUCUCACCCCUCCCCUCCCCCACCCCACCCCGGGAGCCUGGCGCUUGCUCCCGGCCGCGGGGCCUAGUGUUGCGCCGCAGGCUCGCCGAGAGCCUACGUCUUCCCCUCCGCAGACGCCGCCGCCAUGGCGCCGCUCCUGGGCCGCAAGCCCUUCCCGCUGGUGAAGCCGCUUCCAGGCGAAGAGCCGCUGUUCACCAUCGCGCACACUCAGGAGGCCUUCCGCACCCGGGAAGAGUAUGAAGCCCGUUUGGAAAGAUACAGUGAGCGCAUUUGGACGUGUAAGAGUACCGGAAGCAGUCAGCUAACACACAAAGAGGCCUGGGAGGAGGAACAGGAAGUUGCCGAACUUUUGAAGGAGGAGUUCCCUGCUUGGUAUGAAAAACUUGUUCUGGAAAUGGUUCAUCAUAACACAGCCUCCUUAGAGAAGUUAGUAGAUACUGCUUGGUUGGAGAUUAUGACCAAAUAUGCUGUGGGAGAAGAGUGUGACUUCGAGGUUGGGAAAGAAAAAAUGCUCAAGGUGAGGAUUGUGAAGAUUCAUCCUUUGGAGAAGGUGGAUGAAGAGGCCACUGAGAAGAAAUCUGAUGGCGCCUGCGAUUCUCCCUCAAGUGACAAAGAGAAUUCUAGCCAGAUCGCUCAGGACCAUCCAAAGAAGGAGGCAAUUGUGAAAGAGAAUGAAGGAAGGAGAGAGAGUAUUAACGACCGAGCACGUAGAUCUCCACGAAAACUUCCAACUUCAUUGAAGAAAGGAGAGAGGAAGUGGGCUCCUCCAAAAUUUCUGCCUCACAAAUAUGAUGUGAAACUACAAAAUGAAGAUAAGAUCAUCAGUAAUGUGCCAGCAGACAGCUUGAUUCGUACAGAACGCCCACCAAAUAAGGAGAUUCUUCGAUACUUUAUACGGCAUAAUGCGUUACGGGCUGGUACUGGUGAAAAUGCACCUUGGGUGGUGGAAGAUGAAUUAGUGAAGAAAUAUUCCCUUCCUAGCAAGUUCAGUGACUUUUUACUUGAUCCAUACAAGUACAUGACUCUCAACCCUUCUACUAAGAGGAAGAAUACUGGAUCUCCAGACAGGAAGCCCUCAAAGAAAUCCAAGACAGACAACUCCUCUCUCAGUUCACCACUAAAUCCUAAGUUAUGGUGUCACGUACACUUGAAGAAAUCCUUGAAUGGCUCACCACUCAAAGUGAAGAACUCAAAGAAUUCCAAAUCUCCAGAAGAACAUCUAGAAGAAGUGAUGAAGGUAAUGUCUCCCAACAAGCUACAUGGUAACUUUCACAUUCCAAAGAAAGGCCCACCUGGCAAGAAAUCAGGGAAGCAUAGUGACAAACCUUUGAAAGCAAAGGGCAGAAGCAAAGGCAUCCUGAAUGGACAGAAGUCUACAGGGAAUUCCAAAUCUCCCAAAAAGGGCUUGAAGACUCCUAAAACCAAAAUGAAGCAGAUGACUUUGUUGGAUAUGGCCAAAGGCACUCAGAAGAUGACACGAGCCCCACGGAAUUCCGGGGGUACACCUAGGUCCUCCAGUAAACCUCAUAAACAUCUGCCUCCUGCUGCCCUCCACCUUAUCGCCUACUACAAAGAGAACAAAGACAGGGAAGACAAGAAGAGUGCCCUGUCCUGUGUUAUCUCCAAAACAGCUCGUCUCCUCUCGAGUGAAGAUAGAGCUCGUCUCCCAGAAGAAUUGCGAGGUAUCGUUCAAAAACGCUUUGAGCUUCUUGAGCACAAAAAGAGGUGGGCUUCUAUGUCUGAAGAGCAGCGCAAAGAAUAUUUGAAAAAGAAGCGAGAGGAGCUGAAAGAAAAGUUAAAGGAGAAAGCCAAGGAACGGAGAGAGAAAGAAAUGCUCGAGCGACUAGAAAAACAGAAGCGGUACGAGGACCAGGAGUUGACUGGCAAAAACCUGCCAGCAUUUAGAUUGGUGGAUACCCCUGAAGGGCUGCCCAACACACUCUUUGGGGAUGUGGCCAUGGUGGUGGAGUUCUUGAGCUGUUAUUCUGGGCUCCUCUUACCAGACGCUCAGUAUCCUAUCACUGCCGUGUCCCUCAUGGAAGCCCUGAGUGCAGAAAAGGGUGGGUUUUUAUACCUGAAUCGAGUGUUGGUCAUCCUCUUACAGACCUUAUUACAAGAUGAAAUAGCAGAAGACUAUGGUGAAUUGGGAAUGAAAUUGUCAGAAAUCCCUCUGACUCUGCAUUCUGUUUCAGAGCUGGUUCGGCUCUGUUUACGCAAAUCUGACGUUCAGGAAGAAAGCGAAGGCUCAGACACGGAUGACAAUAAAGAUUCAGCACCAUUUGAUGACAAUGAGGUACAAGAUGAGUUCCUAGAAAAGCUGGAAACCUCUGAAUUUUUUGAACUAACAUCAGAGGAGAAACUGCAGAUCUUAACAGCACUCUGCCACCGAAUUCUCAUGACAUACUCAGUGCAGGACCACAUGGAAACCAGGCAGCAGAUGUCUGCAGAGUUAUGGAAGGAACGGCUUGCUGUAUUGAAGGAAGAAAAUGAUAAGAAGAGAGCAGAGAAGCAGAAACGGAAAGAAAUGGAAGCCAGAAAUAAAGAGAAUGGAAAAGAGGAGAAUGGGUUGGGCAAAGCUGAUAGGAAAAAAGAAGUUGUGAAGUUUGAGACCCAAGUAGAUAUAGAAGCUGACGACAUGAUCAGUGCUGUGAAGAGCAGACGGCUGCUUGCCAUUCAGGCUAAGAAGGAGCGGGAAAUUCAGGAGAGAGAAAUGAAAGUGAAACUAGAACGUGAAGCUGAAGAAGAAAGAAUUCGAAAGCACAAAGCAGCUGCUGAGAAGGCGUUCCAGGAAGGAAUUGCUAAGGCAAAACUAGUCAUGCGCAGGACUCCAAUUGGUACAGAUCGAAACCAUAAUAGAUACUGGCUCUUCUCAGAUGAAGUCCCAGGUUUGUUCAUUGAGAAAGGAUGGGUGCAUGACAGCAUUGACUACCGCUUCAGCAACCACCGAAAAGACCGCGCGGCCUCCCCCGAUGAGGAUUACUGUCCCCGUACCAAGAAGGCAAACCUAGGCAAAAAUGUAAACAUGAACACACAACAUGGACCAGCAACAGAAAUUGCUGUAGAGACCACUGUACCCAAACAAGGACAGAACCUAUGGUUUUUAUGUGAUAGUCAAAAGGAGCUGGAUGAGUUGCUAAACUGCCUUCACCCUCAGGGAAUAAGAGAAAGUCAGCUUAAAGAGAGACUAGAGAAGAGGUACCAGGACAUUAUUCAUUCUAUUCAUCUGGCCCGGAAGCCAAAUUUGGGUCUAAAAUCCUGUGAUGGCAACCAGGAGCUUUUAAACUUUCUUCGUAGUGAUCUCAUUGAAGUUGCAACAAGGUUGCAGAAGGGAGGACUUGGUUAUGUGGAAGAAACAUCAGAAUUUGAAGCUCGGGUGAUCUCACUGGAGAAAUUGAAGGAUUUUGGUGAGUGUGUGAUUGCCCUUCAAGCCAGUGUCAUAAAGAAAUUUCUCCAGGGCUUCAUGGCUCCCAAGCAGAAGAGAAGAAAACUCCAAAGCGAAGAUUCAGCAAAGACUGAAGAGGUGGAUGAAGAGAAAAAAAUGGCAGAGGAGGCAAAGGUCGCAUCUGCUCUGGAAAAAUGGAAGACAGCAAUCCGUGAGGCUCAGACCUUUUCCAGAAUGCAUGUUCUACUUGGGAUGCUUGAUGCCUGUAUCAAAUGGGAUAUGUCAGCAGAAAAUGCUCGAUGCAAAGUUUGUCGAAAGAAAGGUGAGGACGACAAGCUGAUCUUGUGUGACGAGUGUAACAAAGCCUUCCACCUGUUCUGUCUGAGGCCGGCUCUCUAUGCGGUACCAGAUGGUGAGUGGCAGUGCCCAGCCUGCCAGCCUGCUACUGCCAGGCGCAACUCCCGUGGCAGGAAUUACACCGAAGAGUCUUCCUCUGAGGACAGUGAAGAUGAUGAGAGCGAGGAAGAGGAGGAGGAGGGGGAGGAGGAGGAGGAGGAGGAGGACUAUGAGGUGGCUGGUUUGCGAUUGAGACCUCGAAAGACUGUCCGGGGCAGGCAGGGUGUCGUCCCUCCCGCAGCAAGGCCAGGCCGACGACCGGGUAAGAAGCCUCUUCCUACCAGGAGGUCUCGGCCGAAGCCACCACCCGUAGACGAUGCUGAGGUUGAUGAGCUGGUGCUUCAGACCAAGCGGAGCUCCCGGAGGCAGAGCCUGGAGCUGCAGAAGUGCGAGGAGAUCCUCCACAAGCUCGUGAAGUACCGCUUCAGCUGGCCCUUCAGGGAGCCUGUGACCAGAGACGAGGCCGAGGACUACUACGACGUGAUCGCCCACCCCAUGGACUUCCAGACGAUGCAGAACAAGUGUUCCUGUGGGAGCUACCGCUCUGUGCAGGAGUUUCUCGCCGACAUGAAACAAGUGUUUACCAACGCCGAGCUUUACAACUGCCGCGGCAGCCACGUGCUGAACUGCACGGUGAAGACAGAACAGUGUCUGGUGGCUCUGUUGCAUAAACACCUUCCUGGCCACCCGUACGUCCGUAGGAAACGCAAGAAGUUUCCCGAUCGGCUUGCCGAAGAUGAAGGGGACAGUGAGCCAGAGCCUGUUGGGCAGUCCAGGGGACGAAGACAGAAGAAAUAGAGAGGCAGGGCCCUGGUCCCUCCCACUUUGGCCACCAGCACAGUGCCAAGCCCUCUGGUCUCCAGGGGAGGGAUUACUGUAUUCCGUAGACGGAUGAGGGGUGAUGAGGCCCACGGGGGAGGUAGUGGCCGUGUUUUUCAUCUAUAUUUAUACGCAGUCUUGUUUCUUUAAGCCCGUGCUCUGUCUCUCCCCGCUCUCCCUCAGGUGACGGUAUCAGUGAGUGCCAUACCGAAUUCUGUAUUCACCAGCAGCACGAGAGAGGUGUGGUCUGUUGAGUUGAUCUUGGCAGAGUAAAGGGACAUGUCCCGCAGCCAUUCCCGAAUACCCCUCCCCUCCUUCGUGACGGCUCUCUCCCCACUCCCGCCCCGCCUCACCCCGGCAAAGAAAAAACCUAAGGCACUUCACUCAGAGACUGGAGCCCUGCUUGUAACCAGGCAUAGAACCUUGACUUUGAUGGGUCUGGCAGAAGGGUGUUGGAGCCCAGCCCACCCACAUACCAGACAAGCUCUUAGGGGAGCAGAAGAAAAGCAGGAAGAAUUUAAAUGUUUAAUUUUUUUUAAAUUGACUUUUCUAGUUAUUAAAAGUUGCUUGUUUCAGCAGUGAUCUUGUAUAAAGAACAUCUUGUAAAAACAUUUCUGUCGUCUUGCUUUGGCACAUGUACAGUACAAUUUAUAUGAUAAGGUGUUUGCUUUACUUUUGCCCGUUUCCUCCUCAGCCCAUGCUCCCCGUUAGAGAAGCUGGGCUGGGGCCAUCGGGGCAAGCAGUGGGGACCUGGUCGGGACAGCCCUCUGCCUGCCCUGGUGGCUGUUGCUGCCGCCUUCACCUGCAGCCGCCCCUGCCAUGUGGUUCAGGCUUCAGACUCGGGACUCCCUGAGAACCCGAGUCCCUCCGUGCCCAGUGUCAGGGUGGGGGAUGGAGGGGCUCAGCGGCCCCUUCCUGCAGUGAGUCUAGCGCUAGUAGUUAUGUUGAGGCCAGACUUUGUAGUCUUCUUUCCGUCUUAAGGGCAGAUUUUGAUAAAAAUGCAAAACAGGGUUUAAUUUUCUUUUCUAUCAACUUUGAAUUUGGAAAUUUGGAGCACCUAAGCUCUUCUGUACCUAUUUAAAUGAAGGGAAAAGAACUUUACCGAGGGGACUGCCGCUCACAGAACCUGAGAAUAAAGCCUCUGAAAGUGAACCUUCAAGGUGUGGUCGCUGUCUCCGGCCUCCCUGGCAUUUGCUCCAGGGGCUGCUGGGCAGGUCUGCUGUCCUGGGCCUGGAGUGAGUUAGCACUGACGUAUGGUUUCACAACCCCAGUCGCCAACCCCUUCCCUGCCUCUUACCCUAGAGCCAGUCUGUUCUUGUUAACAGUGAGAAUUCUGUGUUCCCACUUCAGUGACACCUGAGUUGUUUGUUGUUUUUUAAAUUGUCUUUAAGGAGGAAGGGCCCCAUUAAAGGGUAAACUUGUAAUAAAUUGGAAUUUCAAAUAAACAUUAUGUACUUGUGUUUAUAAAAAAGAAA